GGGGGAUAAUUCUCGUCAAAGUUGUAGUAUAUCCUAAUACUUCUCUUUUUUUUUCUAAAUUUUACACCUUCCAGAAGUUUGUUACAUGAUACAUUGUGUUGAAUUGACUACUGUAUUGUAGUAAUAUCUUAGCCAUGAACCCAUGAAAGCUUUAUAAAGGCCACUGAUCAGAUUCUAUGUGCAUUAAAAAUUCUUCCCCCGUUUAUUCAGUUUCUUUCUGCCAAUUCUUUUUUUUUUUUUUGGGGGGGGAGCAGAAGGGCCAUUUGAGUGGGGAGUGAGAGAGCUUUGUAAUGGGGAAUCAGGUGAAAUUUCCAGGUAUAAGUGAGGAGUUGCAGAAGAUAUUAGAUGCAAAUAUGGACAACGUGGAGGCCAGGCGUCGUGCUAGGGAGGCAUUUAAGGAUAUUCAGCUUUCAAUUGAUCAUAUCUUAUUCAAGGUGCCACAUGCUGGAUUGAAGAUGGAGGAGUCUUAUGAGGUUAAUUCUCGAGGGCUAGAAAUCUUCUCCAAAAGUUGGCUUCCAGAGACACAUACCAAAGCUGUUAUCUACUUUUGUCAUGGUUAUGGGGAUACAUGCACUUUUUUAGCUGAAGGCAUCGCAAGGAAAUUAGCAUCUUUCGGUUAUGGAGUAGUUGCGAUGGAUUACCCAGGAUUUGGUCUUUCGGAAGGUCUUCAUGGUUAUAUACCAAGUUUUGACAAGCUGGUUGACGAUGUCAUUGAGCAUUACUCAAAAGUUAAAGAAAAUCCAGAGUUCCGCAAUCUACCAAGCUUCCUAUUUGGGGAAUCCAUGGGUGGAGCAAUAGCUUUAAAGGUGCACCAGAAGCAACCUAAUGCUUGGAAUGGUGCUGUUCUUGUUGCACCUAUGUGCAAAAUUGCAGAUAACAUGGUUCCACCAUGGUUAGUGAUACAAAUUUUAAUUGGCGUCACAAAGUUUCUUCCAACACAGAAGCUAGUUCCAACGCAGGAUUUGGGGGAGUUGGCAGUCAGAGAUGAAAAGAAGAGAGAAAUGAUGGCCUAUAAUAUCAUCUCUUACAAACAUAAACCCCGUUUACAGACCGCCCUGGAGUUACUGAAUGCCACAAAAGAGAUAGAGAGACUACUGGAAAAGGUCUCUCUGCCAUUGUUAAUCUUGCACGGAAAGAAUGAUAUAGUAACCGAUCCAUCAGUCAGCAAAGCACUGCAUGAGAGGUCUAUUAGUUCGGACAAGAAAUUGUUCCUUUAUGAGGAAGCUUAUCAUGCCUUGCUCGAGGGUGAGCCGGAUGAAAUGAUACUUCGAGUUUUUGGUGAUAUUAUUUCAUGGCUGGAUGAGCAUACCAUCUCCUAGCCGUUUCUGCCCUUUUCGUGUUUUCGAUGUUUAGGAGGGGGGAAGGGGGAGAGCUGAAAGCAAGUAUAGCUAAUUUAUCUUGUAAGAUUUGCAUUGCCUUUUAUGUGAUUUAAAGAUUAAGGGCUAUGACCCUCCUUAUUCCUCCUUAGCUUUGGCAAGGUCCUUUGUUUUGAGUUGUACAUGAAACAGAAAGCAAUGCAGUCAUUCUGGCUUUAUUUA